CUUUAAUCGAUAUUUUUUGUACUCACGUAUUUUAGUUUUAAUCUUUAUGUUAUCGAUUGAGGAGAAAAACGUUUUUGCUGCAUGUAUAGGGUGUUUUAUGCCAUAAAUGUCAUUUUUAUUCCUAUAAAAUAUGCUUGAAUGUCUGAAGUGAUCCUUCACUAGGAGGCCUCUGCGCCUUCGCUCUCAGCUGCUUCGCAGUAGCGGCUGUGUAAAUUGAUACGUAAAUUUAACGCCAGUCGGCUCCUUAAGGAAAAUAACAGAGUAUUUCGAGUUUAUUAUAGUCUAAGUUUUAGUUGAACGGCUUGAGCUAAUUUUACAACACCUUUACGGAAAAGAACAUCUUUCCCCAUCGAUGACGGCGCGAUGCAAACCAAAUUAGUGUUUACAUUUCUCGAUGCAGAGCGUUAACAUUAAGCUUUUAGGGUUAGCUUGGCGGCUAGCAAACUGUUUCGGGAGCAGAUUCAGUUCAAAUCUUGCUGUUGUCUUUUACACAGGGGCCUGAUUUAUUUGGAUGUAGUGAAGAGUCCCAAUUCCUUGCUUCAAAUCUGAAAUUGCAAUAUGACUUGCGGCUCAUGUCAAAUUAGCUACCUAUAGCAGGCUUCUCUAGGAAGUUCAAGUCCAGUUGGCUCUUUAUCUUCAGAGGACCAUGACUUUGACCCAACUGCAGAAAUGUUAGUUCAUGAAUACGAUGACGAGAGGACCCUUGAAGAGGAGGAGUCUUUAGAUGGCGGGAGGAACUUCAGCUCUGAACUUGCAGAUUUGGAAAGGGAAGGGAACAUGCCUUUAGAAGAACUUUUGGCUAUUUAUCGCUAUGAGGCGUCAGCAGGCUCCAGUAUAGACAGUUCCUCUGGGGACCUGACGGAUGAGCUUCCUGACAUGACAUUGGAUAAGGAGGAAAUAGCGAAAGAUCUGUUAUCUGGUGAUUAUGAGGAGGAGACCCAAUCUUCAGCUGAUGAUCUGACCCCAUCAGUUACGUCUCAUGAGACCACAGACUUCUUUCCAAGAACACUUCGAUCCAAUGCCAUUUCUGAUGGGGAUAAAGAAUCAGAGUGUGACGAUCUUGGGCCUAGCCCUGACGACUCUGGAAAAGAAAUCAUGGUGGGGGCAGAGUACCAAGCAGAGGUGCCAUCUGGCCUCUGUCACUACAAAGACGAGGAGAAAGUGUAUGAAGAUGAUGAUGAGUUACUGUGGAGCCCAGACAUUCUGUCAGAAAACAAGGUUAGGAGUUAUCUCUCUGAAGUAUUGUUAAGGACAACAGAUGAAAGCACAGGAUACGACAAACCAGGGAUGCAUGUUAGAGAUGACGAGCAGGCUUUGUAUGAGCUUGUGAAAUGCAACUACAACAUCCGCGAAGCACUAGAAAGAUACUGCAACCAUGUGAAAUCCUCUAAAGAAAAAUCUCCUCCAUGGUCGGAGGAAGAAUGCAGGAACUUUGAACACGCUCUCCAGAUGUACGACAAGAACUUUCACCUUAUUCAGAAACACAAAGUAACAACACGGACAGUAGCAGAAUGUGUAGCGUUUUAUUACAUGUGGAAGAAGUCUGAGCGCUUCGACCUGUUUGUGCAGCAGAAUCGGUUUGGGAAGAAGAAGUACAGCAGCUAUCCUGGUGUAACCGACCUGAUGGACAGGCUGGUGGAUGAAGCAGAGGGGUUGGCGGUGGACAGCUCGUCAUCUGUGUGUUCAGGCGCGGGUGGAGGGGGAAGGAUGGAGGCCACAACAGAGCAGCAGCUCAGUCUGCUCAACUCCAUCACUGCAAGCGAUCUCACAGCUUUAAGCAACACUGUAGCCACAGUAUGCGCCCCUGGAGAGGUGAGUUGCUUGGACUCCUACAGCUUUCCUCCUCUGGAAAGUCUCCACCGUGGAUCCCUGAACCACGACGAAUCCCUUGGGUUCCCUUCCAACGGCGCCGACCCCGACUGCCUCAACAUGCUCGACGCCGGCUUCUACUCCGACCUGGGCCAGCUCGGAGGAGUGUGCGUCAGCAAGGACUGCGAGCGGCCCUCUAAGAGACUCAAGAUGACACUGCCUGACUCAUUUAUCAACGACGUUUCCGUCGCUAACCUCGGUGUGGACUUUGAAGCCCGACGGACAACGACGCACCACCACCGAAUCACCGGCGCCAAAAUGGCCGUGUCUGUCACAGACUUUGGGAGCUUAGCUGGCAGCGGCGAGCCCAACGGGUUUCUGGGAGCGCACGCACGGCACCACACACAGCAUACUGCAGCACUUCAGUCAGAGUGAUCUUCCUCGUCUUCUUCCUCUGUUCUUCCCUUUUGAAACCUUUUUUUCUUGCUUGUACAUAAGACUGACCUCACUGGAAAAUCUGAUUUGUUUAAAUUCUAUUAUAUAAAUAUAUACAUAUCUAUAUAUAUGUAUAUGAAUAUACUUUUUGUUUUCAUUUUUGUGUAAUAUGACAUCAGUGAUGUCUACCAUAUAGAACUAAAAUCUUGAUUUCUCUCAAGAGUUUAUAUAGCCAUUUAUUUUAUUUUUGUUUGCGUUUAUGAGAUGUGUAACGUCCAUGUACCGUGGGGCCCAGCAGCUGCAGUAGGAGAGUUGUGAAUCUUCUUCCCUGACACAUAUAAGCAUCUUCAGCGCUGCAGUCUGUUAUUCUGCCAUUCUUUUCUGCCAAAACAGAUUGUUUUCUGCCUCUAGUGUUAGUAGUUGCCUGUCUUUAUUUGAUGUGGUACUUAUAUUUAAUUAUUUUUUUUGAAAUUGUGUUUGGUUUACAGGUACUUUUCAGUAAUCAGAAUGGUGCAGAUGGUGUUGUUGACCCCCCACCAACUCCAAAAACCUGAGUGGAAGUAACACUAGCAUGCGGAUUCGCUCAGAGGCCAGGAAGUGUUUUGACUUGCUGUAAAGGUUCUUCAAUUUGAGUUAGUUUAUAGGGAUGCACCAAUCAGAAUCUUUGUUAGAAUUUUUUUUGGUAGCACUUUAACCUAUUAAUAUAGUUUUUAUUUUUUUUAUUUAUUUUUUUUCUCCGAAGAGAUUUUGCAGCGCUAGUGGCUUGUAUUUUUUUCUA